AUGAUUCAUAAAAGUGUUGUCUUGGGAGUGUUUCUUCUCUUCCUCUUCUCUGCAAUAGCUUGGGCAGAUAAUUCAAACACUCUUAAAGAGGAAGAAACAACGAAGCCAAACCAAGGUCCAUACUACUCGAUAGAUGAUCAUCAUCACAAAGGAGGCGGUAAAGGCGGUGGCAAGGGUAGAGGUGGGAAAGUGGACAAGCCUACUCCACAGAUCAAGUUGGUGGUGGAAUCGGCAUUGGACGCCGGUGUUGCCAAUAUAGGAAUGGCCGCUGCGUUUAUUGGUGCCGCACUUCUUCAUUUUGACUAUAGAAUUGACUUCUUGAUUGUUUCGAGUUUAGUUGAUGAAGUUGAUACGACCGGGUCCGGCGGGUAUGGCGGUGGUGGGUCCGGUUCCGGAGGAAAGGGUGGUAGUUCCGGCAGUGGUGGGUCCGGUUCCGGUUCCGGUGGUAAGGGAGGUAGUUCCGGCAGUGGUGGGUCCGGUUCUGGGUCUGGUUCCGGUGGAAAGGGAGGUAGUUCUGGCAGCGGUGGUUCAGGCUCCGGUGGAAAGGGAGGUGGUUCCGGUAGCGGUGGUUCCGGGUCCGGAUCCGGUGGAAAAGGAGGUAGUUCCGGAAGUGGUGGUUCCGGGUCCGGUUCCGGGUCUGGUGGGAAGGGAGGAAGUUCCGGCGGCGGUGGAAAGGGAGGUAAUUAUGGCGGCGGUGGGUCCGGUUCCGGUGGAAAGGGAGGCGGUUCUAGCGGCGGUGGAUCCGGUGGAAAAGGUGGCGGUUCCAGCGGUGGUGGGUCGGGAUCAGGUGGAAAGGGAGGCGGGUCCGGCGGAGGUGGAUCCGGAUCAGGUGGAAAGGGUGGAGGCCAGUAUGGUGGAGGCGGUGGAAAGGGUGGCGGUGGAAAGGGAGGCGGUGGAAAGGGAGGAGGAGGAGGAGGAGGCGGUGGAGGUGGAGGACCGGAGUAUUCAGUGGAUCAGGGAGGACGUCACAAGUGUUGCCAUUAUGGACCUCGUGGUGUUUGCGCGCGGUGGUGUUGA